GAGCUAGGCCUUAAUGAGCACCACCAGAACGAAGUGAUCAACUACAUGCGCUUUGCUCGUUUCAAGCGUGGCCUGUGUCUCAAAACAGUGGAUUCUUGCUUUCAGGACCUUAAGGACAGCAGGCUGGUUGAGGAGACCUUCACGGUUGAUGAGGUGGUAGACAUGCUGGAUGGACUGCGGACUGUUGUACACAGCGAGGUGGAGUCGGAGCUCAUAAAUACGACUUACACCAAUGUUCUGCUUCUGCGGCAGCUCUUUUCGCAGGCUGAGAAAUGGUACCUUAAGUUACAGACAGACGUCUCUGAGUUGGAGAAUCGAGAAUUGUUGGAACAAGUUGCUGAGUUUGAAAAGUCAGAAUUUACAUCUUCAAACAAGAAGCCCAGUGCAGAUCUCAUUAAACCAAAACUGGCUCCAUUAAAUGAAGGUGGGUCAGAGCUGCUAAACAAGACAGUUGCUUGUCUUCAAGAAGAAAAUGAAAAAUUGAAGACCAGGCUCAAGACUAUAGAAACACAGGCUACAGCUGCACUAGAUGAGAAGUCCAAGCUGGAGAAGUCGCUGAAGGAUUUACAGAUGAUCCAGGGAGAUCAAAAGUCUCAUACGAACCAGGAUAUCACUGAACUGGAGAAUAAAGUGGCAGCUUUGAAGAGCCAGUUUGAGAAGACGUUGAAUGAUUCUACUGCCAACCAAAAAUUCUUGGAAGAGAACUUGGUGACAACAAAACACGACUUGCUGAAGGUUCAGGACCAGCUAUCCACAGCUGAAAAGGAAUUGGAGAAGAAAUUUCAGCAAACAGCUGCCUAUCGCAACAUGAAAGAGAUCCUGACAAAGAAGAAUGAACAGAUAAAGGAUCUGCGUAAGAAGCUUUCCAAGUAUGAGCCGGAAGACUGACAUACCAGAACCAUCUGAUCUGACCAGAAGCUGCCAUAGAAAGAAAAUGUAAACUGGUAUUAUUUUUCAGUAACUGGCUUUGAAUGGUGUAUUUUUUUGCUUCUAGUGCUUAAAAUAACUUUUUAUUAAUGCUAAUGACACACUGAAACUCUUACCUUACUUCCUUGUAAACCUACAAUUUAUAGGUAUUAGUUUCUGUAGUCACGUUUUUACUUGUUAAGCAUCGACGUUCCUCGAGAAACAGC